AGUCUUUACUGGUCACGUGAUUAACGCGGAAGUCAACAAGGCGGACAGCAGUAGCGCGGCGUAACACUAGCCAAAAGCACUUUAGUUCCUUGUUUUGUUUCUCUGUUUAAUGUUAGGUUAAUGUGUUUUAAAAACGACCACUUAAAUGAAACCGUCCGCGUUUCAAUGGCCAACCGUUGGACGUAGUUGUCAUUUGGCUGGCCUUAACAUCAGUUAGUGAGCAUUUUCAUUUUCAGCCGUUUUAAAAAUGGGGAGCGAUUCUCUUCUGUCCAGCAUUAAUGUGGUGCUUGUUAUGGCCUACGGAAGUCUGCCUGUUCUUCAUUACACUUAAGAAAACUCAAAAGAGUCUUUGACCUGAGUGGAAGCUGGCUCUUGACUGCCCUCUAGGUGUUUGUCUUGCUGUUCAUCUUUGUCAAAAGACAAAUUAUGCGAUUUGCUAUGAAGUCUCGGAGAGGUCCGCAUGUUCCCCUUGGCCACAAUGCUCCUAAGGAGCUGAGACAAGAAAUUGAAGCCAAACUAUGCCAGGUCCAGAAAAUCCACUUUGAGCCUCGUCUGCUGUCCCCAGAUGAUGACCGACUAAACCAGUCUGGUUCCUAUGACUACCUGUACAGGAUGAGAGCACUGGAUGCCAUCAGAGACUCUGAUCUUCCUUUCCAUGAGCUGGGUGGGUCUUCCUCAGCUGUGACAGGUAGAAGACUUCGGACCUGGCUUCUAAACCUAAGAAAUUCCCAGUGCAUGUUCCGAGACAGUCUAAAGACCCUCAUCGACACGGUGCUGGAUGGCUACAAUAAAGCACGGCAUGGGGCAGAGGCAUUUGGUGAGGCAGAGUUUUUGAAAUACCAGGAAGCUCUGACUGAACUGGCCUCCAUCAUCAAGUCUCACAGCAGCAGCGGCAGCUCUCCGAGCCAGCACCACCAGUCUGCAGCCAAAGACCUGACCAGCACCACGGAGCCUGCGAGCUCCUCCUCCUCCUCCCCCACCCAAACCACCUACCUCACAUCUACAAUGCAGCAGCGCAGCAAGCGGCCCAGACACUUCCUGGAGCUGAAGAACUUCAAAGACAACUACAAUACUCUGGACAGUUCGUUCUGAAACUCGGUGAUGUUUGUCCAAAAGAAAAGGUCAAGAACAAGGUAGUGCUGCCGGUGAUUAAAGUGCCUAUGCACGGCGAUGGGUCACCAUCACCAGAUAGUUUAGAGUACAGUGAUAAAAACACUGCCUUUAUAUACUAACACGUAUUGCCUGGUUUAUAGUAAAAUGCAUAUCAGACUACUAGCACAGUGCUCUUUAACUAAGUGUAGCUUAUGUGUACAUCCUGUGUUAAUGCAUGUGCAAGUGCCAUGAUUGGUUAGAGAAACAAUGACAGUACUUGUGUGUACGGUUGAUUUGACCAAAACAAAACCAGAGCUAUGGAGCUAUGCAAUGGCAUAAGACAAUCAGUAUCAGUAUUUAUUGCACAAUGUAAAGGCCUAUGCAGACUUGUUACAAUUACCCAGAUGUAUUUAAACAUGCUAAUAGUUAACAGUGUUUAUAGAGUAAACCAGUGUUAGUGGUUGCCUCACACUGAGAAAAACACACUGUUUAUGUUUACGUCUAUCUAUGUCUCUGUCAGCCUGUUUCGCUGAGCCUCAAACUUUUGUUUUACAGAAGCCAUACUUGAUUUAACGAAUUUUGAUUGUUAAGUGCUCUUUUGAUUUCUUUCAGUGCAAUGUAGCUUAAAUGUAUUUCAAUAAGUGAAUGUAAGGUAUUGCAUCAGGUAAGUCUCUUUCUUGACUGGCCCUCAGAUGUCUAAUCUGUGUGGUUCUAUUGGAAUUCAGGGAGUCCCAGGGAGGCAUUUUCAUGCCUGAAUAAUUUUAGUUUCUGUGAUGCUUAUUGUUACAAGUUGCCAUUCAAAUAAAACAGAGACACAGAGUCAAAA